AUGGUCGUUAUACCGAUUACCAUCGCUGUUGGGUUAACGACAAUCAUUGGCACAGCGCUCUUCUGGCUACUCCAAACAGCUUUCUUUCGUAGGAAGUGGUUGCCUGCGAGCGACCUAGGCGCACUGCAAGGAAAUGAAUGGCUGGGUAAACCGUUGCUCUUUCCUACGAAACUGUCUCACUCCCGUAUGUUUCCAGAGCGAUAUAACUAUACUUACAACUAUUUCCUUGUCGGUGUUCCCAUCGGCCUUCGCGGCCGAGUGGGCUCUGUUCUAUCGAUCGACAUGGCGCAACCAGCACCAGAUGAUGCCAACAAACCAACUCAGUCUACUAAAUGCUGGUUCAAGAUAGACCAGAGGUACUACUUGGAGCCUGGAAACCACCCACAAGGGUUAGAGGGAAAGUUACAUCGCUAUCUACGGUCUCGGGGUGAAGACCCCGAGCGAUGGCCAUACGCCUACAUGAUCAGCAUUCCAAAAUUCCUGUGGUUUACUCGCAAUGCGGUGUCCUGGUGGUUGCUCUAUUCUCCCACGCGAGAACUGGACGCCAUGGUGAUGGAAGUUAAUAAUUCAUUCGGCGAGCGUAAAACUAUCUUCAUGAGGCUGGAAGGCGGAAGCGCCACGAAUGAGGCGCAUAAGAUCACCACGAUCAAUAACACAGAGGGACCGCCGAAUGCGAACUUCACUCCCUCAAUCUCUAAGUAUAAAAUGUACAAGGGCAACUGGGAUAAGGACUUUUUUCUCUCCCCUUUUGAAAAAGUUGAAGGAUACUUUACAACGACGUGCAGCGACCCUUGUAAUCCACACUCGGGGACAAAAGGCCCUCUGCAUACCAACACCACAUUGUAUGCCCCCGAUGGCCGUCCGAAAAUCAUCAGUCGUGUGUAUUCCUGGGGCAACCCCUUGGAUCCGCUGUCUGCAUCGCCGUGGAGUUUGAUUCGUUUCAUUUGCGGCUGGGGCUAUAUAGGUGCUCUUUCCAAGCAGCGGAUUAUAUACGAGGCACUCCGAGUUCGAUUGCGGGGGAACCUCGCGUAUCUCAGGAAACCUGAAGUGAAGAAGACUAAUAUUCCACGGGAGGAAACGAGUAUUGAGCGGUCCCUGGAGUCGUUCUUUCGUCUCUUUCUCGCCCACGCUGUGGCUCGAUAUCCAUCCCCUCUGACCGUCCUAUACCACCCGUCAAAGUCGCAUUGGCUAGUGUCCGAGACAUUCCAUUCGCGCGGAGUUAGUCGUGAAUUACCAGAGCCGGGUGACACACCAACAGUCACAGUGCGCGUUCAGGGUCCAAGCUUCUACACCAGUAUCAUGCAGUACGAAGAUGCCAGUGUAGGCAUUGAUACCGAGCUCAGUCAUUUCCCAGUACCAGCUGAGCAGCACUCGCAGCGUCUAUGGGCCUCUAAUCCUACUCAGCUUCAAGAGAUAGCUGCCUCCACGAAGCUGGGGUACACUGCCACCACCAACGCAAGGCUAGACUGGAAGACUCGAGUUCGACAGGUUUUGAUACGAUGGCUACGGAAGACCCCCAAACCCACAUUUAUGGAUACUUUUGUUUACGGUCACCUCCAACCCUCUCAACAGAGGGGGUACCAAGUUGCGCUUCUCCGGCAUCUUCUGGCGGAACGGUUCGCACUUGGGUCCCAUGGAUUGCUGCGCUUAUACGAACAUAUGGCGUCGAUAGCGGUGGCAUGGGUGGUGCUCGUCCUACCGAUUAUCGCUACAGGGGGUUUCUCCUUGGAGAAAACACAGAUUGCUGCGAAUGCGGGUGUGAUUGUCUUUGCGGGGUGGGCCCACCUGCGGAACUCUCUGUAG